GGUGAAGAUAAAAGAAGCAGAGGAUCAAGAUAUAAAACGAGUGUGGGUAUGCAGCAGCCGGGCCAGAGAGAGGAUAUUUUCAGCACAGGGACGGAUUAGGCGUCGAGGGGAACAGCCGCAGUCAUUCUGGGUAGUAGAUUCGUCGAGACAAGAGCGGUAUACGGGAAUAUUCGGGGAGCGUUUCCCAGGACGACAGUAUGUAUGUAUGGAUGAUGCAGGCGAGGGGAGGGCGUGCGUGCAAGAGCAAGAGCAAGACGAAGAGGAUUGAAAGGGGGUUGAUGAUAAUGGAGGUUGAGAUAGGAAAAAUAAGAAUAGGAGAAGGUGAGAAGAAGAAGAGGGUUGAGAAGAGGGAAACAGAACAGACAAACAAACGGGGCUGCAGCGGCUUUGGAAGUUGGGGCUGGGCUUGGCUCGGGGCUACGGGAACCACACACAACACACACCACACCAACAACCAACGCUACUGCUAA